GGGUUAUCACUGCCCCCUGAAGCCGGCUACCCAUUAACUCCCAAGGGGCCCAAGUUCUACAUGCUGGAGGUGCACUACGACAACCCCAACAGCCACACCUUCAAGGACGAGUCUGGGAUACGCAUCAUCUACACCCCAGAAUUACGUUACUACGAUGCAGGUGUACUGAGCAUCGGUCUGGAACCCAGCUGGAAACAUCUCAUUCCCCCACGACAACGGACUGUACUGUCUGAGGGCCACUGUGUAGCGGAGUGUACCCAGGCUGCCCUGCCCACCACUGGCAUCAACGUGUUCGCUGUGAUCCUUCACACCCACCUACUGGGCAGGAAAGUGCGCGUGCGCCACCUGCGCCAGGGACGGGAGCUAGAGCCCAUCGCCCAGGACAACAACUAUGACUUCAACUACCAGGAAUAUCGAGCAUUGAAGAUUCCCCGCACCGUCCUCCCGGGUGAUCACCUUAUAGGCGAGUGUACGUACAACAGCCGGGAGCGGUCGAGCAUCACCUUAGGAGGCUUCAAAACACGAGAUGAGAUGUGCCUCUCCUACCUCUUCUACUGGCCCCGAGUGGACCUCUCUCUCUGCCACUCCAAGCCCUCCCUCAACACCGUGCUUCACUCCCUGGGUAUCGAGGAGCUGUCAGCGAACUCGGACCCCAUUAAGAUCCGGCGGCCCAUCGAGCUGGCAGGGAAGUCGUUGGAGUGGCGACUGAUGAACUACGACUGGAAGAAUCAGUUCGACUACUUCCAGCAAACGACUCACAGUGGCACUUUCAACCCCAUCUGCUGGAGGCGUGGGGAGUCUCUCAUUCCCGAGGCAGAGAAACUGGACUACGAGUACCCUAACAUCACCGAGUCGUGGGUGUCAGAAAACGUGUGUAGGCAGCGCAGAAAGAAGAGCAAAAGGCGCAAGUUGAAGAAUGGACGCGGCAAGAACCGGCACCUGCUCCCGAAUAGCGACAUGGAGGAGGGAGAGGAAGAGGAGGAGGAAGAAGAGGAAGAGGAGGUGAUGUUCGAUGACCAGACCAAUUCCAGACCUAUUGAGAGGAUUGACGUCGACCCGUUCAAUCAUGUUGAUGUCUUUAUGCCCGUAAUUGAAGAGAGGGUAGAAAACGACCCCUUCGGAGUGGACGAAUCUCCAAAUCAGGAACUGGAACAGGAGUUGCUAGAUAUGGAAAGGGACUUGGAAAAGGAACUUGCUGACAAGUACCCCGACGCUUUCCACGAGCGAACUGAACACCAAAAUAGGGAGGGUACAGGUAGCAGCAGCUGCCUGAGGGUCGUCACCUCUCAGUGGACGUUCUCUGUGUGCCUCUGUGUCUUGUCUCUCGCUCGGCUCUUCUACGGACAUGGCUGAGGCUGAGGGAUGAGGGCACCAAAGAAAACAACUUCGCCUCUCUGAUGUCCCAAGUGUGUUAAUUUUUAAGGACAUAAUAUGUGCUGUGAAAACAAAUCGUUGUUAAUAAACGAUAUCUGGGGGUUAAAAAAAAUAUAUAUAUAUAAUAGCCUCUUGAUCUUUACAACUCUCAGAGAUUUGGCUCUAGCAUUUAUCUCCACAUGCGGACGGUUCACCUGCCUUAGGGAUGUGCAAAGGACCCUCACAUAAUUGUGUUGAGUGUUGCGUUCGUGUGUGUGGUGUGUGUGUGUGUGUGUGUGGGUGGGUGGGUGCGUAUGUGCGCGUGUGAGUGCGUGCGUAUGUGUGUGUGUGUGUGUGUGUUUGGGGGAGGGAGUGGGGGAGUGGUUGGAGUUUCCUUGAGGGUGUUGGAAGUUUACUUAGCCAACCAACUCAGACGUAGCCACUCUCCCCAUCUUCACUAGGGACUCCCACCCUGCUAUAUUAACAGUGCCUCUUUUUUGUAAAUUUUUCUUUUAUGUGUUUCUUGGGGCAUUUCGUAUGUUCACGUGAGAAAUAUUGUGAUGAUUAGUCUCAUGUUUUAUAAAUCUGUGCAAAAUUGAAGUUGUAGAUAAUAAUAUAUGGAACAGAUACAAAUAUUUUGUUUAUAGGACCAAGUGAAUUACGUUCUGUGAGCCGCUCCUUAGUCUGUAGAUAAUUGUCACAGAAGAAUUAAUUUUGUAUUUUGAACUUGUACUUUACAAACAGUGUAUUUUGCUUGGUGGAAGGUUAUAUAUAUCGAGCUUCGUGUGCUUGAGAAUCCAUAAUUUUCUAAGAUGCAUUUUCAAAGUUUUUUUUUAAUUUACCAGAUGUACUGUAUAUUAGGAUGCUAGAAAUCUUUUUAUCUCCACGAAAAAAAGCAGUAAACUAAUAAUUUCCUUCUGCAUCAAAGGUUUCUUGGCUCAUGAUGUUUUUAUAAAAUUUUUCGCAUUAUUCAUUAUUUUUAUGGUUAUAAACUCAGUCCAUAUAUCUAUAUAUACAAAUAUAUAUAUAUAUAAAUUGUACAUCUUAGCAGUAUCUGUGAUUAGAUAUUUAUGUUGCAUAGACAACUCAUGAGUUGAUGAAUCACUACGAGGUGUGGCGCUGUGCACUGGGUCAGCACGACUCCUGGGCCAUUACGACCCCCUGGGGGCAUUUCGACCCCUGGAGUAUUAUGAGCACCAUGGGCCAUUGCGACACUUAAGCCAUUACAACCAUAUUGGCCAGUGCGACCUAUUUGUCAUCACAAACCCUGGGUUGUAUGACUCCUGGGCCAGCAAAGACCCUUACUGACACCUGCGAAGCACGACCCCUGGGCCUGUAUGGUACUUGGGGUCAGCACGACUCCUGGGCAGCACGACCCCUGGGCCUUUAUGGUACCUGGGGUCAGCAAGACUCCUGGGCCUGUAUGGUACCUGGGGUCAGCACGACUCCUGGGCAGCACGACCCCUGGGCAAGCAUGAUCCCUGGGUUGUUAACACGACCCUUGGGGCCGGUAUGACCCCUCAAGCCUCCGUCUCAUCUUUCAAAACUUGUUCUCUCUCACAUUGUUUACAAACAAUAUUUACAAAAUUCUUUACUAGUAAAACUUGGAAAGUGUCAGUUUGAGAUCAAUGUGCAGAGUUUAAACUCACGAUUUUGUAAAGACAAGCCCUGAGUUUAAGUGCAGAUGUCAGAAGUAAAUAUUGCAACCAAGAAUCUAUUUCGUUUUAACAUGAAAAAUGGUGGCAUGACAAAAUAAAAUAUACACACACAAAAAAAGAGAUAUCUGCUUGGAAAUCAUACCAGUCUAAUGUAGUCGAGCCAGAGUAAAAGUACAGCCGGAGGGUUGUGGGGGUGGGGAGAAGUGCACACCCCGCGGCAUCAGGGCCGACUCUCGUCUCCUCCGCUCAGAAGCAAAAGGGUCAAACCUUUUUGGCCAAGAUCUAUUGUGUUUGCAGAUGUGGCAUCAAGUUCAUCAUUUAUUCCCCGAGUGGAGGCCCUAGCAAACAUGAUGCUCCUGCAACUUAAGAACUUAUUUUAUGAGACGGGACAACGUGCCUCUUUUAAAACCCAAACAAGUUGAGAGCUUCCAAGAUUAAGCACUAUAUAAUGAAAUUAUAAAAGUAACCAGUUCCCUUCUAUAAUGCAGUCAUUAGUAUUCCUAUCUUAGCUUGGAAUUAAUCAUUUGAGAAAACACACGUCUUGCGCUAUUGUGAUAGAACCCAUAUAGAAUACUGUACCUAAACACAUUUUAGAAACAGUAUUGAUCCUCACAGUGCAAGCAGCAUGGCACUAUACCCUAAAAAACCUCAUCAGUGAAUGAUAAUGUAAUAUACAUACUGUGUGAUGGAUAAUACGUGUAAAUAGAUUAGAAGAUGAAACCAUCCGAAUGAGGAUUCAUAUGCAGUGUGUAUACUCAUAAUGUCCACUUCGUACUAAUACUUGCACUCUGAGUGCUGAUACGUGCUAUCGACAAAUCCUACGUGCAUGGGAGAACUGCUAUGCAUAGGUGAAUGCCCACAUUUUUGUCGACCCUCUCAUAUGACAUCGCAACAUCUACGUUUGUAAGCAUAGUGCAUAAUUGUUUGCAUGCAUGUUAGUAUGGGCAUCUGUUGCAUGGGUUCUAAUAUGGGCACCAAAGGCAGAUAUGUGUAGUGUGAGCAGAGAAGGGUUCCAAUGAGCACUACGUGUGGGUAUGCAAGAGUUUACAUGCACUGUAAGUAUUAAUACUUGCACUGUGAGUUCUGAUACAUAUAUGAGUAGUGAUACAGGCACUAUGGGUGCUGCUAUGUGCGUUGUAAACACUAAUUUACACAUUACCGACAGCUGAUGUAUGCACUCGCGCGAAGUUUGAAUGUGAACAUUUCGUACUGAUACGUGCUCCACGAGUAUUACACACACACACUAGUUGAGUGACUUAACUGUGGCUAAAUAUAACGUGAGCUAUGAUUGCUGAACUAUGUAUUCUGAGUGUUGAUACGUGCACUUUAACCCCUAAACUGUGCAGUUAUUUAAAAGCACUGCGUCUAGUUGGCGUACGACUAAAAAUAGUUAACAAAUGAAAUGGGGGGAAGGGAAAUGCAAAAACGCAUAUUUACGUUUGGCGCAGUGUAAGGGUUAAACACUGAUAUCUGCGCUGGGAACCGACCAGUGCGUGGGUGUGCCAAUGCCUGCUGGAUGGAUAUUGUUCCGAGUGUGUGUUAGUACUGGUACCUGCAUGUUAUUGCAAAAGCACCAGUAUUGAUGCUGAUCGAUAUUAAUAUGGUUGCAGAUAUUUUACUACUGGUGCUUGCAUGUUUGUACUAGUGCUUGCAUGUUAGUAUUGGUGCAUGCAUGUUAGUACUGGUGCAUGCAUGUUAAUACUAAUGCUUUCAUGUUAGUUCUAGUGCUUAUAUGUUAGUGCUAGUGCUUUUAUGUUAGUGCUAGUGCUUGUAUGUUAGUACUAGUGCUUUCAUGUUAGUACUAGUGCUUGCAUGUUAGUACUGGUGCCUGGAUAUUUAUACUGGUGCUUGCAUUCCAAUACUCGUGCUUGUAUGUUUGAAUUGGUGCUUGCAUGUUAGCACUAGUGCUUGCAUGUUAGUAUACGUACUUUCAUAUUUGUACUAGUAACUUGGUGCCUCUAUGUUAGUACUGGUGCUUGUGUAUGUUAGGUACUGGUGCGUGCAUGUUAGUACUAGAGAGUACAUAUUGGUUAAGGGGGCUUUGUAUGUUACUAUUGUUGCUUGGAUGCCAGUACUAGUUCUUGCAUGAUGGUACUAAUGCAUUCAUAGUAGUACUGGUACUUUCAUGAGAGCUCUGGUGCUUGCAUGGCAAUUCUGAAACUUCACUUUGAGUCCUGGUUCUGCUUACGUUUACAGUCAAGGGUAAUUAAUACCUGUGCCAUACUACUAACAACGUUGAACAGCAUUCUUCUUCUGGGCCACUAGGUGUGUAGAGCAACAUACCUGUACUGUGCCACCAGGUGUGUGUAGAGCAACAUACCUGUACUGUGCCACCAGGUGUGUGUAGAGCAACAUACCUGUACUGUGCCACCAGGUGUGUGUAGAGCAACAUACCUGUACUUUGCCACCAGGUGUGUAGAGCAACAUACAUGUACUGUGCCACCAGGUGUGUAGAGCAACUUACCUGCUCUGUACCACCAGGUGUGUAGAGCAUCAUAUCUGUACUGUGCCACCAGGUGUGUAGAGCAGCAUUACCGUGCCGGCAAGUGUGUUAAGCUGCUUAGCCUGGAGAUGCGCCUGGCACUCAGUGCCAGUGCUCUGGAACAGCACACCUGUGUCGGCUGGUGAAGUCUCUAUAACCAAGAGGCGAAAGUCUGCUGCACACAAGACACCUGUUGAUGUAUGUCCACACACAGGACACGUGUCCUUGUAUGUCGACGCACAGGGCACGCGUCCAACUACCUACGUUAGGGGUUUGCUAGUUUUAUCCGGCAAAAUAUUCAUUUGAUUUUAAUUUAAAUUCAAGAAUUUUAACAUGUAGAUUGAACUCACUUGAGACAUGAGUGACUGACUUUUCAGAGUAUUAACAAUGGGAGAAGGACAUCUGCCUUGAUUAUUGUGCGGGGGGUCUGACUCCCCCUGUGAAGGCGAUAAUCGUGGUCUCACAAUACCUCUUUAAAGUGUUCCAGUUUGUGGCCAUGACAGCGUGACUUUUUGGACUAAUACUUCUCUCUCUCUCUCUCUCUCUCUCUCUCUCUCUCUCUCUCUCUCUCUCUCUCUCUCUCUCUCUCUCUCUCUCUCUCUCUCUCUCUCUCUCUCUCUCUCUCUCUCUUUCUCUCUCUCUCCACACACACACUUACUCCACCGGAUUCCGUGAUCACCACUACACAUACUGAGUGUUGCUUCAGUGUCUUGUGAGACUGACCAACCACCAUCUUCGCUUCAGCCAGAGCACAUGACUUCGUUCCUCUCACCUUGAGCACUCACAAGACUCAAUUGUAGUAGCAUAUAUUUAUAUAUUUAUAGAGGUGUAAACCUUAGAUUAAAUAUUAUUAUUCACUGACUAAAAGAGCGUUGAAUGUAAACAAGGGUUGGGAGAGAGAGAGCACUACCAGUCUGAAGUAGAUGAGUGUAUGUGUCGAUACACUUGUGCUCUUUAUGAGCUUCUGUGUUCCUGAUCGCAAGUGUUUGUUAGCACAGGUAGUCACGAUAACAAAGUGUUCUCGAGCACAGUUAUUCAUGAGCAUAAGUGUUCAUGAGAGCAGGUGCUCAUGGGCGGAGGUGUUCACAACCGCAGGUGUUCUGGAAUUCAGGUUUUGAUCAGACUCGCAGGAUGCUGAAGGAUUCUGGAGCUGGUGUAAAAUAUAACGUCGGUAAGGAUUGUAUUUAUACUAUGGUUUGUGAGACUGCAACUGUAGAAUGCUGGUCCUACACACACACUUUCUAGCCAUAACUCAGUUUAACGAGUGGAAUUUCACUAUUGCCGGUCUCGAAUAAUCUGAAAUUCGCUUUGCAGUCAUUCCAGUCUACAGUCAUUCCAACCCUCUUUAGUCAGGCUAGAACCAUUAUAGCAGAUUUUCGUCAUGCCGCAGACAGCCCAGUUCUCUUCAUUUCAGUUACUUGUAUUUCUCACGUAAACUUUGCUCUCAGAGAUCACAUGCAAAUACAGUCCAUGCAAACGAAGAACUGAGACGAUGGGCAUGCCAACCCCUCACAGAGUACACCACUGUUAUGUUCCUAAUUUCCAAGAUCUGUAACUGCAAUAUUCCCUUCUGCGAUGAUGGUGUUCUUCAGAUAUUGAGUGUAUUAUAUAUAUAUAUAUAU